GUUGGGCAGUCUGAAGGUUCCGGACGGCGACACGCACGAGAAACACGUGUCGUGGGCGGUCCUCGGUGGACCUGCUGCACGUGGCUUUGGCGAGGACUUGGUGAGUGUGUUGCAGCAUCUGCAGGAGACAACGACAGGAUGGCUGCGGAGAUGGAGCCCUCGGAUGUCAUUCGCCUGAUCAUGCAAUACCUGAAGGAGAACAACCUCUACAGAACCUUGAGCACCUUACAGGAGGAAACCACAGUGUCACUCAACACAGUGGAGAGCAUCGACAGCUUCAUCGCAGACGUCCAAAAGGGCCACUGGGAUUCGGUGUUGCUGGCAAUCGAAUCGCUUAAAUUGCCUGACAACACGUUAAUUGAUCUUUAUGAGCAGGUCGUCAUGGAGCUUAUUGAAAUGAGGGAAGCGGGAGCAGCGCGUUCCCUCCUCAGACAAACCGACCCCAUGAUCAUGCUGAAGCAGACCCAGCCUGAGAGGUAUCUCCACCUGGAGCACCUUCUCACGCUCUCCUACUUUGACCCACGUGAGGCGUACCCUAAAGGCAGCAGCAAGGAGAAGCGACGCAGAGCCAUUGCCGAUGCGUUAGUGAGGGAGGUGAGCGUGGUGCCGCCGUCACGCCUCAUGGGCCUUUUGGAGGAAGUCAGCUCUUUGAGACUGGAGGAGUCAUCAGGUAGUCUCUCCCCUGAAAUGACGUUUGACACGUUAACUAAGGAUAGGUACACGGAGAAAGAGGCUUGUCCGACCCAGCUUUACCGCCACAUCAAGUUUGGCCGACGGUCCCACGUGGAAUGUGCUCGUUUUUCCCCCGAUGGUAAAUACUUGAUCUCAGGCUCGGUGGAUGGUUUCAUUGAAGUGUGGAACUUCUACACUGGCAACAUCAGCAAGGAUUUGAAGUACCAGGCCCAAGAUAGCUUCAUGAUGAUGGAUGAUGCUGUGUUGUGCAUGUGCUUCAGUCAAGAUUCUGAUCUACUGGCCACUGGAGCACAAAAUGGAAAAAUAAAGGUGUGGAAGAUCCAUAGUGGCUUGUGCCUGCGUAGGUUUGAGGAUGCCCAUAACAAAGGAGUGACAUGCCUGAGUUUCUCUAAGGACAGCAACCACAUCCUCAGUGCGUCUUUUGACCACACGAUCAGGAUCCACGAGCUGCGUUCAGGUCACACACUGAAGGAGUUAAACGGUCAUCUAUCAUUUGUGAACGAUGCGUCUUUCACUCAAGAUGGCUUUCACAUCAUCAGCGCAUCUUCUGAUGGCACAGUUAAGAUUUGGAACCGCGAGACUUGUGAGUGUAUCCACACUUUCAAAUCUGUGGCACGAACUUUCUGUGAGGUCCCUGUGAACAAUGUGACGCCUCUUCCCCAAAAUCCUGAGCAUUUUGUGGUGUGUAACCAUUCCAACACGGUGGUGGUCAUGAAUACGCACGGUCAGACUGUCAAGACAUUCAGUGCAGACAGGAAGUCAGGAGCAAAGUUUGUGUGCAGCACCGUGUCACCCCGAGGGGAGUGGAUUUACUGCGUGGGUGAGGACUUGGUGCUCUACUGCUUCAAUUAUGUGACGGGAAGGCUGGAGAAAACUCUGACAGUCCACGAGAAAGACGUCAUCGGUAUCACUCACCACCCACAGGAGAAUUUGAUUGCAACCUACAGCGAGGACGGCCUUCUGAGGCUUUGGAAGCCUUAAGACCAUUACAGAGAACCUAGAGAGACAUUUAAAUGUACACUACAAAAUCCAGAUAAUACAACGUUUGGGUUCUCUUAAAGGUGCAGCCUUAUUGUAUCCUUUAUUAUUAUUAUUCACUGUAGCAAAUGAGGCUUUGCAAUUCCAGAAUUCCUUGCAUUGGGAUCUCAACACACACAUCAUCGGGACAUCGGGAGUGUUAGGAUCCACACAGUCGUGAUGACCAGUUGAGGGACGGACUGUGAGUGGAGAACUCUGAUUGGCCGCUUAGGAAGUGCUAUGAUCUUCAGGCAAUGACACAAGUCAUAGCUUUUUUUUUUUACAUCCACCUACUUGUCCUUAAUUAAAAAAACAAACAAA